AUGAUCAGUGUCGUGAAAAUUUGUUUGGUGCUGGCUUCGUUUUUUAUCAUCUCGUUGAUGAUAACACCAGCAAAAGCACGAUGUUCUCCAACAAAGGAAAUUACCUUAUUUGACCCAAACAACACAAACUCUGAAACAUGCAAAAGGUGUCCUAAAUGCCCACGUGGUAAAGGACUUUCAGUCCAAUGUGGGUCCAGAGUUAAGAAUGGAACUUUUAUUGGCUGUCAGAACUGUGAGAAUGGAACUUACAGUGACCACUAUGACAGAUCAGACUGUAAGUCAUGUGACCGAUGUGGCCAUAGGAUUACCCUAAAGGAGUGCACCGCAAAGCAAAAUAGCAUUUGUUCAACCAAAGACUGCAUUGCCGGGUAUUACAUGCAUCCUGUGGUUGAUGACUGCAAACUGAGUGAAACACCAACAAAGACUAAUGCAGAGUCAAUAGCUAGUUCUAUCAACAAUCGAACAGCAUCAAAAUCAUUGCUGCCUAAGAACGUAACCCUAACGCCUACAGUAUCUACUAAGCCUGAAGAAACAACUGAACUAGGUAGCAGGAAAGAAGAUGAAAGGACCAAGCCACGGUCUCAGCCUAUGAAUAGCACUACGGCUUCCGUUGGCCCAGGUCAAAGCUACCUUGCGGCAGUAAUUGGAGGAAUUCUUGUUGUAACCCCUUGCUUCAUCGUCUUCAUUGUAGUCAAGUUUAAACGAGUCAUCCACAGAAUAAUUUGCUGUAUUAGGCGUGAGGGUUCAGAGAGAGGUACGAACGUUUUAUAGAAUUCUUAUUCGUUUCUCUCCUAGGCUUAAUAUCCUAAGAUGAGUUCUCGUUCUGAUUUUUGAAUCUCUGAACGAAUAUUUAUUAAUGGUGUUCUGCCUCGUACACAGGCGCGUUCUAGCGGAUUCGAGAACGACUGGAGCGAUUUUGAUUCCACGUUAAGGUGUUUCGAUACAGUUUUUCAGAGGCCAUACCGAUAUUUUUCAAUCGCCUUAAGUGUUUUUUCCUUGUCCGAUCGCUAUUAAAUUUUCACCAGUAAUUGGCUAUGGAUUGAAAAUUGUGAAAAUGUAGUUUUAAGUAAAAUCGAUAUUACUAUGACAACAAUAAAUAAAAAACUUUGAAACUGAUGAAAGCCGAAUUUUGUGUGAUCUAGACCAGGUACUGAAAAUCCAACACUAGGAAUUUAAAGUUUGGUGUUAAAAAAAACAAUCUCUGUAAGAGGUAAAAACUUCUGUAUGUUUGAAUUCGACUAAAACGAAAAUAUAUUUCAAACCUUAAAUUUUCAAUAGCCGUGAUAGAUUAUUGAAUAAAAACGUUAUAAAUGACUCAAUGUAUUUUUAAGUAGCAUCAGAAUGCUGCUUAAUAUCAUAUUUUGGUGCCAGGAAAUUUUGGUGUGUUUUUGUUUUUGCCAUCUUGAAGACUAUCCAGUUUUCUCACCACCUGUAUAAGUGCAACUUCAUUCAAAAUUUGGACUUUUAGCGCUUUUUUGUAUAUCUCUAAAACGACUAGAACGAAUUUUUUUUUUUUAAUCUCUCCACAUAAUCUUCAUAAUGUAUAUAAUAAUGUCUGAAACUUUCAUUAAGAUUGAGUCACUGCAACAUCUUGAAAUUUCAAGACAAACCUUUUCUACGAACCUGUCAAAAAUCUGCGUUACAACAUUCACUGCUUUGACGUUAUGCUAAUUUUUCCAAAAUAAUGCGCACUAUACAUACCUCUAUACGUACCUCCAUGACUAGUACAUUUUGGUUUGAAUUUAUCGCAUCUUUUGAAUGUAAAACAUUGACAAUACUUACACUGAAAUGUACAGGUCAUGGAUAUAUGUAUUGCCCGCAUUAAUUUGCAAAAUUAGCAUAACGUCAAAACAGUGAAUGUUGAGUGAGGAUUAUUGACCGGUUCGUAGGAUAGGUUUGUCUUGAAACUUCAAGGUGUUGUAGUGAAUCAAUCUCAAUGAAAGUUUCAGACAUUAUUAUAUAUAUUAUGAAGAUUAUGUGAAGAGAUUUUUAAAAAAAUUCGUUCGAGUCGUUUUAGAGAUAUACAAAUAAGCGCUAAAAGUCCAAAUUUUGAAUGAAGUUGCACUUAGACAGGUGGUGAGAAAACGGGUUAGUUUUUAAAUCGCAGGGCGAAAAUACACCAAAAUUUCCUAGCAUCGAAAUAUGAUAUUAAGCAGCAUUCUGACGCUACUUAAGAAUAAUUUGAGUCAUUAACAACGUUUUUAUUAAAUAAUUUAUCACUUCUAUUGAAAAUUUAAGGUUUGAAAUAUACUUUUGUUUUAGUCGAAUUCAAACAUACAGAAUUUUUUUACUUCUUACGGAGGUUAUUUGCUAAACACCAAACUUUAAGUUCCUAGUGUUGGAUUUUCAGUAGCUGGCCUAGAUAGCGCAAAAGUAGGCGUUUAUUAAUUUGAAAGUUUUUUGUUUAUUGUUGUCAUAGUAAUGUCGAUUUUACUAACACCUACAUUUUGAAAAAUUUCAAUCUAUAGCCAAUCAUUGGAGAAAAUUUUACAGCGACCAGACAAGGAAAAAAUGACUUUUAAAGCGAUUGAAAAAUAUCGGUGUGGCCUCUGAAAAACUAUAUCGAAACACCUUAAAAGUCCCAUAUGCGAUACUUCUUGACCGAAUCACUCGCAGUAGCGUUUUCCGUUCGACAAAACACUAUAGACGCCUAGGAACGAGGCCGAGAAUAGUAUUUGCAUUCAGAAGAAACCUAUUUGGCAUAGCUUUUGCAUAGCACAAUUUAUUUCUUAGAAUACAAGAGAUAAAAAUUCAUUCUUUUUCAUAGUAUAAUCUUUUACUUCGGUCGCCUAUUACUCUCCACGAUAAAUGAAAGGGGUUGUGUCAAAGCUGGCUUGUUCAUUUUUGACACGUCUCAAUGUUUGCAAUGAAAAUCAGUGACAAGGUAGCAAAAAUAUAUCUCCCAAGCUUUAUUUCAAACAUUACAAAUAACAAAAAUUAACUUCGAAAAACUGCAGUUAGGCCAACAAGUUUUCAAAAACCACAAUCCCCAGAGAGGAGAAGUCAGUACGUUGCCAUGGUAGCCAUUUCUGGAUGACAAUAAACCGAAAACUUCACCUAAAAAGUGAAUUCGCACUGUUUCAGACGUUAUCUAAUUCAAUUUCAUUUAAUUUGUGCAAAUGUUGGCAAAAUUUUCUGGGGUUGAAUCCGAAAGGAAUAUAUCAAAGUUAACAGUUAAGAGAAAGGAAAAGGAAAUUUUUGCGUUGUGUUCACCUACUCCAUAAAACGGGCGUGAAAUUAGGAAUCGUUUAACGACGGCUAAGAAAUACACAAAAAAGCGUGAUGCACGUGCAAAGUUUUUGUUUUGCCAAUAUAAACCUGUUGCUUUUUUGUCGUUACUGUUGCUGUCACCGUUGUUGUUGGUUGAGCUCCAUAUUGUUGUUAUCCAGAAAAAUUGCUACCAUGUCACACUUCUUUUCCCCAUGCAAUCCGUGUCGAUCUUCCUCAAAUUUGUCUAUCUUAUUCAUACCUUUUUUAAGGUUCUGAGCGGUUAUUUUUAUGGCAGUGCUUGAAUUUCGAUAAAUCUCGUGACACAGUUCCUUUAAAUAGUCUACCAGAAGAUGAAAUAAGCAGUCAAAGAUGUUCCGUUGUUUCUCUUAUCUUUUUAGCCUCGCAAACUGGUAGUAUUUUGAAUAUAUCGAAAUAUUGUGGACAAUGUAAGGUAUUUCGUUACAGUUUUUCAGAGACCAUACCGAUAUUUUUCAAUCGCCUUAAAAGUGAUUUUAUCUUUGUCCGAUCGCUAUAAAAUUUUAACCACUGACUGACUCUGGAUUGAAAUUUGUCAAAUUGCAAUUUUUUUAUUUAAAGUAAAAUCGAUACUACCAUGACAACAAUAAACAAAAGAAAUCAAUAAAUGCCUAAUUGCGCGAUCUCGACAAGCUACUGAAAAACCGACAACAGGUCUAAUUGUGGUGUUUAGCAAAAAUCUGCGUUACAAAAUUCACUGUUUAAAAUCACUCUUAUAGCGAUUGAUUGAUAGAAUCACUUUUAAGGCCCUUGAAAAAUAUCGGUAUGGUGUCCGAAAAACUGUAUCGAAACGCUUUCAUUACGCAAUUUCUUCUCUCUCCAAUUAUUUCAUUUGUGAUAGCAAAUCUUGAACUUCAAUUAAAUAUUAAAUUAUAAAAUAACAAGAGUGAUAACGCCCUUAAACUGCUUCUUUGGCCUUACCUUUUUCACAGGUGAAAAAGUGCCAUUGACUAUAAUUGGAACUGAGAAUCACUUGGCGAACAAAGGCUCCAAUGGUAACUAUCAGUCUUACUAUUGUGUAGGGUAGCUUAAAACAUAACAGACAGACAACAGAUUAGAGCCACAUAGUAAAAAGGCUGUGAUCAAGCCGUUAUUAUUAGUUAUUAUUAUUAUCAUCAUUAUCAUUAUUGAUUUUAUUAUUAAACAGCGAACUUCUUUAAUUAGUAACAAUUCAUUUUAAGUCGUCGUAUGCUAUAACAUGGUCCUCCUGACCGUGCUUUCGUUUUUUUUUUUUCGCUUUGCACGCCGGCCAUUAUUCCACUCGCAAACUUCAAGGUUGCGGCAUCUGAUUUCUUCUCAUAAAUUUUUAUCGUUUAUAAGCCAAUCACAGUACCUCAUUCUCAGAGACAUUUGCAUUUCUUUCUUUUUGCGUAAUGUUUCCUUGUUUUCACUGUGCUUACUUACAGCUGCAUUGCUCCUAGCCAAUCACAUUCAAGACAUUUUUUCUUGUAUAUCAUUAGUACUAUAAUCCCUACCAGCAACUAUAAUUAAAUUGCUACUGACAUAAAGUGAAAUUUGCACAAAUACCUACCCUGGGUACAAGAAGUUUUUCUCGCGUGCGGUGGGAAUUUUCGGUGCUGGCCGAAGGCCGACACAUUUUCGGCCGUAGGCCGAAGCCACUAAGUCUCUGGCUCCCAGGGUAACAAAUACCUUAUUGAAGACCCUAAUUUGUUUUAUCUAGUGCUGAACUCUCCAGUUCCUAACCCGUGAUCUAUUUGAAACUAAUAUCACCAAAAAGAGAUCGGAUUAUAAACUUAGUAUGACAUUCUCUUCUUGUGAAAAUAGACGUCAGAAUGACGCCUUGCUCAGUGGAUUAUCACGGCAAAACCUUUGAUACAGCUUCCUCAGCUGUUGAGUAAGCGUGAUGUAUUUGACAACUUUUUUCCAACAUUUAAAAUUCCUGCAUCGUUUUUCAGCCUAAAGUGACAAAACAGGGUAAUACCCUUCACCAAAACUCAGUGGUUUACGAUUGUCUUACUACCUAUAUGUUGAUACCAAACAGUACCCAUCCGGUUGUUUUUAUUUCAGUAUUCUGGAAAUAAUAGAGAAAAACACUUUCGCAAAAAACACUGUGCACCCUAUACCAGGAGCUAAAUGCCCAACACUAACCCAAAGAUACACACUGUACUUUGGUUGGCUGGUAUAGAAGUACUUACUGGCACGGACGUUGCUAGUGAGGACAUUUUAUACGGCAUUGCUCAGCAGCAGAUGUACAACUUUUUAACAAUUUGAGGAAAUGAGAAUCGAAAUAUCACAAGCCAUCAAGGAAUCAAGAGAUACGAAUAGGAUCCUAUUACGAUCUCUUGACGAAUAUAUGACGGACAGACAUGAACGAAAUCACUUAGUAAAUUUCAGGAUCUGAGAAAUUUAUUCCAGGAAACGUAUUUGGCAACUAAUUUCCUCACCGUUCUCUAAGAAUUGGACAAGGCAUGCCGUCAUUACUUUUCCAAAAAACUAAGAGGCCGUUCUUAAGAAAAAGCACGUAUAGACAAUAAGGUUGUCAGCACUUUUUGAUGAUUCUUGCAAAUCAAUCCCUAUCUCUACACUUCAGUGCAAACCAUAAUCUUAGCUCUAUUUUGUCUGCUAUUAUUAUCAUUUCUUUUCGUAUUAGAUAAGCUUCCCUUGUUCUUAAUGAUUUUCCACUAAAUAUAGGCUUUUCUUCUUCUCUGAAAAGCGUCAAAGAAUAUUUCGACAUAUAAGCCUCGUGCAUGAGGUGUCCAACCACCCGGCUUUGAGCUACAGCCAGACUCUAAUUACGUGCCUUAAUAUAACUUAGCUUAUACCACCAUGUUGGUCAAGAGAGACAAAACUAGAAUACAACGUAAUCAUAUUGGCUCAGAAUAGUGCGAUCCCAGAUAAGACCAGUUGUUGGCCAACGGGUUGCAUUACAUCAGCCGAUUAUUUGUUUCUUACAGAAAGUGUUUCAAGUGCAAGCGUAGCGUCAGCUAAUGAUAACGGCUUCAAUAUUCAUCAUAUUCCUGAAGGUAAUAUAAAAAAUUUUCUUAAUUAAUUAGUAGACCAUGGUAGUGAUGAACAUUAUUUUGGGAGUGCCCCUUUUGAUUAACAGAUUUUAACAAAAGCAAGGUAGAUGUUGAUGGCUUUGUGCUCUCCCGGGAGAUGACAUAUUGUUAAUGAGUAAUACCUCCUUAACAGUAAUUGUUUGUUGUCUCAAUUGUGGUGAUCAUACGGCCCUUCGUUGACAGAGGAAAAGGGCUAUGAAAGCCGGAAACCAUCAAAAUAAAAUAUAAAAACAUCUUUGCUGCAGUUUAAAUUAGAUGAUGAGGGCUCUCUUACCUUGUCUUUUGUUCACAAAUUUGGACUUGAUAAAACUAAUGCGACGUUUCAAAAUGAUAUGAAUCUUCGUACUGAGCGCACAGUCAAGUCUAAAAAACCUAACAAAAAGAAAUGCCGAAAACUGAAGUCUGACGGGCUUCAUCUCAGUCAUCUGCUUCGUAACCAUAACACUUUUCAACUCCGUUCCCAGGACCCAUUCUCUUCCUUUCUCAUGAAAGAACUAUAACCGAACUAUGUCAUGCUAUGUACUGCCUAGAUACGCUUGGAAAAUCCGUUUUCUGGCUUUCCACUAUGAGUCACUGUGCAACCGUGCCAUUAGUCUGCGAUUUAACCUGAUCAAAUCAACUCAAUAUGAUAUCAAAUCACAUCACAAAAAUAUCUUACAGAUGUUCUGGUGAAUGACGCAAUCGUAACAAAUGUUUUUGUCAUGGAUGAGCUUGCUCGCAAAUUGGAUCAACCGGACAACUCUGGGUCUCAGCAUUGGAAGCAUCUUGCUGCAGAAUUUCAAGUACCGCAAGAAGUUCAGAUGAAGUGCCAGCGCAGUCUAGAAAAUAGUCUAAGCAAAAAUAUGUUUGAGAAUAAAGAGGCAGAUGACCCUAACUUCUCAGUUCAAGGACUCAAAGAUGGACUCAAAGCCAUCGGCAGAAACGAUCUUGUGCUGGAAUUGGAAAAUGUUCCUGGUAAGUUAUGAUUUGCUGUUUGCUUUUGAACCCGUGAGGUUGGGGGCUCCCUAUAAAGUUCUGUACUGUGGAGGCUCCACCCGAGAGGGGUUACCUUUUUCAGGCUUCAGAUGCAUGAAAGAGUAGUGAAAUCUGUCGAUUCUUUUAACUCAUGACAAGUAUUUCGAACAUACACGUCUAAUGCCGACUUCCUGUUUUAACGAUUUAGUCAGUUACAGAAGUUAAAAAGGGAUCCAGUGCUCUUUUGUAGGUAUGUGGAAGGGGUACCAUUUGUAGAUGGAAUUAAGGCCGAUACGAAACGGGUACAUUUUCUGUUGAAAAUGUUAUUUAAAAAAAGGGGAAAGGGACUGGUCCCUGCGUUGGUGAGUGUCCUCUCUAGGGUUUUUUUAUCGGCUACACACGCCUGAUGGUUGGCCGGCAAAGUAGUUACUGUUCAGUCUAACUCCAGUCAAUGUCUAUCAAUCCAAACCAAAGUGUUCACGCUUUCGUCGAUCGCGAGUUGCACUAGAAACUGAACCGCUCUAAAAAGGCAAUAAAUCAGACCAUUCUCAAAUGGCAAAACCAGUCAAGAUAUUGAAGCAAAUUCAUAAUGUAUAAUGUAUGAAAAAGCAAAGGGAAACAGUCGAGUGCCGUUAUUUGUCAUUUUCCUUUAAUCAAGCAGAAAUUCCAAUAACUGAAUUCUAGUUUUACUGAUUUUAAUAAUCAAUUGACAAAGAAUUCGAACCGCGAUACGUUUUAGUACAUAUGUUUUCCGGCCAUAUAAUUUACCAACAAGUGUCGCUACUGUACGUGAAACUUAGACAUACAAAUGUACUGGGAUUCUGGAUGAAAGUCACGACCCAUAGGAAAAUGUCAAAAAAAAAUUGUGUCAGCAAAAUUUAUUUCUCUUAAUUUUUACAGGCACUACACUAUUACAAGCACUCAAUUCAACCACUUUUGGAAACAUCUGUCUAAAGUUGGACCAGAGCAACAACUGGAAGGAUUUAGGGCGGAAGAUCAAUAUUCCAGAUGAAACACUGCAGAAAAUUGCCACUUCCACCAGCCCGUGUACAGCCGCCCCCUCCGCUCAGAAAAUUAAAUUAGAAGCAGUCCUUGAGAUCAUCGGAAACAAAAACCCUGGACUGACGGUAAAGGAGAUGAAGCUUGUCUUGAAAGAAAUGCGGAGAACGGACGUAUGCGAUGUACUGGAGGAUCUUCUUCAAGGUAUCAUUUUCUACUGCAUGUUUCCAAAUGCUCACUGAAAGAAAGCGGGUGAAAAGGACAUCAGUUAUGAGUCAUAAUUCAUAGUGAACUAAUUCUUAUUUAACUACCGAAAUCAGAGACAAUUAGUAAGUACGUUUUGAAAUACUAAAAACCACAGAAAUUUAUCAGGCUUUCCCCUAACGAGUCCGAUUCAGUGUAUCUGAAUACUUUCAAGGGUAGUAUAGGGUUGGAAAGGAGGCCUUAAGAAAUAUGGGUUGUCUAUUUUAUGCCAAAUGUUUAAAUAAAUACUUUUGUUCAAGGGAUAAGUUGUUUAAAAAAGACAAAUAAUAACAAGGAUCUAAGUAGCCAACCCUGAGUUCAACCCAGUUAAAAACAAAUAAAAAUCACUUCUAACGUACACUGAACGUAAUAGUCUCCUUAAAAUCUUUGGCUAUUUGAUAAUACGAUGGAGAUUAGUGCCGUUGUGGAGAUUAGUACGGUUGUGUUAGAUUGGAAAACCUGCUCGAGUCAAUGAUUUUUGCAUCUUACCACAGGUAGCCCAAGCUCGAAAUAUGAGCAUCGGCGAGCAUCGGCAUUGUUGCGUAACAUUCAAAAUAUAAGGAUUUGUAAGGGAAAAAAACCUAUCGUCUCUGUAACCUACGAAAAUGAAAGGAUUUCAAGAAAAAACAGCUUACCUUACUUAAAAUGUAUGUUUAUAUAGAGAGAAAACCGUUCACAUAAAAACCCAUAAAACGGCCAUAAAUCGGCCCGCGGACCACACAGGAGAGACGUAACACACAUUUUAAGUAAGGUAAGCUGUUUUUUAUUGAAAUCCUUUCAUUUUCGUAGGUUACGGAUAUGAUAGGUUUUUUUUCCCAUGCAAAUCCUUACAUUUUGAAUGUUACGCAACAAUGCCGAUGCUCAUAUUUCGAGCUUGGGCUGCCUGUGAUCUUACGAAUGUUGAUGUGACAGUUUAAGACGGAAUCCACCGGGAAAUUGAUUUUAAUUUUCAGUGGACAAAAACCUUGUACCAGAAUAAUUUAAAGAAUAUAUUGCAUACUCUUUUACAUUUUUCAAGGGCUAUAGAUGAAAUUAGUCAUCGGUAAUAACACCAAAGAAAAUUUCUCAUGGGAGCUCUAGAAAAUGAACGUCAAAUUUCACAUGAAUUGUGAAAACAUAAGUAAAGUUCUGAAAAUUUCAUGUGCAAGUUGUCUUUUAGAGAAGUUUGACAUAUAUCUUCUCGGGCUCCCAUAAGAAAUUUUCUUUGUGAAAGGUUUGAACCAGGAGUCUUUUCAAAAGAAAGGUUGAGUUUGAUCGUCCGGGUGAACGUAGUCCUGAAUAGGACUGUUGUUGUUGACAGUGACUGACGUUUCCACAACCUGUGCGGUAGUCAUCUUCAGAGUCAAAGUGAGUUGUAUCACGUCAGUUGAUGGUAUUAUACUCUGGUUAUUGAUCUGAAUGGUCGAUUACGUCGCGAUGUUAUUGGUCGUCUGUCAGUUAAGCCGUGAUGUUAUUGGCUAUGAAGACCCGUAAUCAGUAAAUGGCCUGGUGGUGCGUUUCGAUCCGUCUAUUGUCACAGUUAAACAGUCAUCUAUAGUUAGUCAAAUUGUCAGUUCUCCAGUCGUUCUCUCGUAGUUAGUCGUUGCUUGAUCUCUUCAAUAAGUCGUUUGUACGGCGCUGGUAACUGUAGGCUACGAUUCAGUGGCGUUUGUUCUAAGUUAGUAAACCGGCUUUCUAAAGUAAGGCGUUGAUAGUAGUCUGUGGAAUACGUUAUACAUGUCGCAGAGUCCCAGUCAAUUUGAUAUUUCGUCUGUAAAUAGUGCUCAGCAAUGUGAUUGUUGACGUCACCAUUACUCGUUUUCUUUGGUGUUAUUUCAGAUAACUACAUCUAUAGCACUUGAAAAAUGCAAAAAGAAUGUAGUAUGCUUUAAAUUAUUCUGGUACAAGGUUUUUGUCCAACGAAAAUUAAAAUUACUCAAUUUCUUGAUGGAUUCCGUCUUAUUAUACUACUACAUGAGAAAUUUCUGCAAUUUGAUUGGCUUGGAGCAGUGGUAUUUCAGAGCUUAAUUUGAAAUUCCUACAUAUGAAAAUUGCAAACUUACAAGGGUAGUAGUAUAAACAAUUAAUAGCAUGAUUUGUACGUGAUAUUUGGCAUAAAAUACCACUCGUGAUAUUUCAAAAUUGUCUCCAAUUUCACUCGCCUAACGGCUCGUGAAAUUACGUAUAACAAUUUUGAAAUAUCACUCGUGGUAUUUAUGCCAAAUAUCACUACAAAUCAUGCUAUUACCCAUACAUAGCCAAUGAACUCAUAAAACGUGAUUUCAUAUGCUACACAUACAUCGGCAUCCUGCAACUUCCUUGCACUAAGCUUUAAAAAAACACAUCACCUAGCUGUAGGGGCGCUUGCUAUUUUCAGGUCUUGGAAGAGGGGACCUUACAAAAUUUGUGUCUUUUAUUAUAUGUCGUCAUGAAUAGUAAACGGUCGCUAAGAGCAUUUGGAUAUCCUAUUGGAGCUGGUUUACUAUAGUCGCAUGUUUAUUCAGUUUUUCUUUCUGAAAUGAUAGCAUACAAUAAAUGAUAUUGAUUUAAUUAACAGAUUAAGAUUUAAAAACGGCAAAUGUUCUUGAACCCUGUGAUUCAUAUUAAAGAGGCUAGCUUUUUAACUGUACCUUGAUUUACAAGUGUGCAUUCCCUAAAGUUGAUUGGUUAAUUAAUUGAUUGAGUUUGUCAUUUCACAGACAACGACACAAUAAAUACUCUUCGUGCAAAUAUCAACUAUGUAGGGAAGAUAGCUCCAUUGUUGGACAAAGAAAUUCCAGGAAUGGACAACUGGAUGCAUUUUGCUCACAAGUUUGGUCUCUCUAAAGAAAUCUGUGAUAGUUUAAAGCCAAAAGGAACGCCAAGUCCAACCAGGGCUUUACUGGAACAUAUCGUUCAAGUUGAUCCAGGUCUCACAGUCAAGAGGUUCAUAGAAGUGCUGAUAAAGAUGGAACGAAUGGACGUCGUGGAUGCGUUGGGGAACAUUAUUUGUGGUAAUACAUAAAAAAAUGUUAAAUUCCAUAUAUACAAUUGGGUUCUACGUGGAACGCGCUCCACUCAACUCCUUGUGUUGACUGAAUGAACAGAUCACAGUUGAAUCUUGUAUGAAAGAAGAUCAUCGCAGUUAUAGACGCAACUUCUGCAGUUGCGAAAAGAAAGCCUGAAAAAUCCCGUACAGGCCUGAAUAAUAAUUCAGGUUUGUACGGGACUCGAACCCUUGACCUCUGCGAUACCGGUGCAGCGCUCUACCAAUUGAGCUAAACAAGCCAACUGAGAGCAGGUCGUUGAAUUGGUUCGUUAUCAACCCGUAAAAGGAUGAUAAUGAAGUUAUAAUGUAUGAAAACCAUAAAUUAUGAGAACUGCGGGGUGAAGAAUUAUAUGAAAGAAGAUCCGCGAUCAUCUUCAUUCAUAUGAUCCUUUACCCCGCAGUUCUCAUAGGUAUAUGAUUUUAUACUCAUAACUUUACUUGGAUCUUAGUUGGAUACAUUGAUUUUCGUAUGACCUUGAAAUGAAAACGCGCGAACAAAUAGAAAUAAUAACGAACGGAAACAGAGCAAUUUGAUUGGUUUAUCGAACGGAUACAAACACUUGUGGCUUUUGGUUGGUUUAGCGCACGCUCGGGUGAUAGAAAAAAAAACAUGCCCGAGAACUUUCUAUAAAUCAAUCGAUGGCUUCGCUUUGACGUCACACUGCAACACGAUUGGCCAAUCGAACAAUGCCUUCAAUGUUUUCUUUGGCGGGAUAAACGAAGAGUCCAUGUUUUGAUCUUUUCAUCCAUUGGCUGAUAAAACAAAUAACGAACACUUAUCGAAACCAAAGUCAUACGAAAAUCGCUCUAUGUAUUUUGGCAUACCUGCAAUGACGCCUUUGCCAGCUUCAAAGCAAAGAAGUAAAAGUCUAGUCUACGUGGUAGGCGUUUGAAAGGGACGUGAAAGGGAAUUUGGACGAGGGAGAAUGGAGGAGGUUCCUCUCCCUCCCACUCGUGCGCCUUUCGCGCUUCUCGCGUGCCCCAAUCCCCUUCCCCUUUCCUUUCAAACGUCUGCAACGCAGGCCAGAGAAAGACUGAUAAGGCGAUUGGUUGAGCUUGGAUUAUUACUAGUUACGUUUCUUUCCACUGGUUUUCCCUUCGGUAUUUCUGCUUUGUUGGUUAAAAAGUUGUUUUUUGUCUGUCUACUCAUUGUUUGUAUCCUUUUCUUCUUUAUCGAACUGCUUCAACAGCCAGACAAGAGACCAAUGCUGCAGGGCCGAGCAUAACUUGCAUUACAUCGAGGAACCUGAGGACCUGGAUCGUGGAUGUAAAGGGUCAUAGCUCUGUUGUUUGAACCCCCUUCUCUGCACCUGUUUCGACCAAACUGAAGUCCGUGCAAGAAUCCCAAGUACAACACACAAUAAUCGCUGUUAACUUGAGGACAACAAAAGUGCCAUCUCUGUAUCUCUAUGUGGACAUAACAGAUGGCAAAGCCAAGAGUGAGGUGUCACAGAGGUAGUUUGGCAUCUUCGAGACCAAGAGGAUUAUAAGAAAUGGAGAGGUGUAAAGGAGAGGAUCGAUUUAUAUGAUUAAGUUUUUAAUAGCAACUUCUCAUUCGCCAAAUUAACGCAAGCUGCAUCCGAAAACCUAUCUUACAUCUUAAGGUUAGAGUGAGAGGCUGUCAUGAGUAAUGGGAGAGUUCGUCGGCGCCUCUUCCACCUGUAGAAGAUACGAUGUAGCUCACAUUAUAAGUUCCAGCUAGCCUGAUAGGAUUGCGUAGUUGCACUUUUCCCUUAAUACUAUAAACCAUAUCUCAAAUUGAGACUCCCGGAAGUAAGGCACUGGGUGCCAUCGUCCGAUUGAUUAGCCCUUGUGUUAAACAUGUUUAUAUAGCGAUCUAUUUUCAGCUACUUCUGCUGCUGUCAUCUUAAAACCAAACAAUGGCUGUGCAUACAACAUUACGUGUACAAGUUAAGUACACAAUAAAU